UUGCGUUCUUCCCCCACCUAGCUGCGUUCUUCCCCCACCCAGCUGCAUUCUUCCCCCACCCAGCUGCGUUCUUCCCCACCCAGCUGCGUUCUUCCCCCACCCAGCUGCGUUCUUCCCCACCCAGCUGCGUUCUUCCCCCACCCAACUGCGGCGGCCUCAUGUGGUUUGAGGUGUUCUACGCGCCAGUGGACGACAUGGUGCUGUAUGUGGCCGUGCUGCAAAAGGAAGUGGCCUCAUGCGGCCUCAUGUGGUUUGAGAUGUUCUACGCGCCCGUCGAUGACAUGGUGCUGUAUGUGGCCGUGCUGCAGCAGCUGCGCUACCGCCGCCUGCACUGGACGCUCAUGCCCAAGCCCGACCGUGGGGAGAUAGAGGCACACCAGCUCUACUUGAACUGCGUUAUUGAGAAACCUGCUAGGCGAAAUGCACUCAAACCUGUUGAAUUCGUCUAA